GAAAUGAUGAUUUUGCGCUCCUCCUCUUACUAACGAGUGCAUUUUGGCAGGUAUCACUCAGGCAGCUCGCAACUGUUGCUGAGCCCUCCUGAUUCCACGACUGGCUCAGGGAGCGCCAGUGGCAAUUCUACAACUUCGUCCUUUGUGUAUACGACACUCCCCAAGCCUUUUCCCAGCAAUGCAGGCUCGGCAGACCACUUUUCAAGCGCAGCCCCGUCCAUCCUCUCGUCCAACUGGCCUGGGCCAUCGAUGACGAUUAUGGAUCGUCCGCGAUUUCCUCCGCCUCUGUCACCUCCUUUGAGCUACAAUCCGGCAAAUGGCAUUGGAGCUGCGCUCGUGAACAAUAGGCCGAUGGUUGACAGACUGUCGCACACAUAUCAACCUAAUGGGCAUUCUUCGAUAAGUUCUGGGUUAUUUCAUCCAGGGGCACCCAGGUAUCCACACAACACUUAUCAUCGCAACAGUGUUGGCCAUUACCCCUUGACGGACGGCACAUUCUCUGGGAAUACCAUGUCUGCCCCAUACCAAGAAAACUCUGGCCCUGUUCGACAAGAUGGGCCCCCAUUUGGCGAGACGACUGUCCUUUGUACUGUGCUUAAUGUGCGUGGCCAACAAUUGGUGCCCGAGAUCACUGCCAGCAUCCAGAAGGGCUUCUUUCAGGUUGAUCGAAAGUGGACCUGUUACCGGAGGAACUAUUUCGCCGUGUCGUGUUCCUUCGCAUUCAAGAACCAGGCUUCUGACGGCCCAUUUUACCUCCACAGGAACGGGCAAGAUGAGCAAGUCCAGCAAUUUGCAGUCUCUAUUUCGGCCAGAACUGCGCUGGCCAGUAGUGGUGAGAGUGAAAACCGUGGCCUUGUUCAGCAUACACCAAAGCGCGACAAGGCAACAGAGACCGUCCCUGGCCGCCAUCUGAUCUCUCCGACACCUCCCCAAACGUUGGCUGCAAGUGGCGUAUAUGCCAGCGCGGGUCAUAUGUACGGAGGCCAUCCGCACAUGACAGCCGGGCUCAUGGGUGGCUAUGGCGGUUUUGAGAACGCCAACGCUAAUGCCAUUCCUACACAGUAUACAUUUGAGAGGAUUCAAUUUCAGAAGGCCACAGCAAACAAUGGGAAGCGUCGGGCUCAGCAACAAUAUUUUCUGCUUGUUGUGGAACUUUCCGCCAAUGUGGCACGCACAGCUGGCGACGAGAAUUGGAUUGUGGUUGCUACCAAAGAGUCCGAUCCAAUGGUGGUGCGUGGUCGGUCCCCUGGCCACUACAAAGACAAUGGGCGGCGAGACAGCCAGACCAGCAUGGACCCGGACCGAGGAACCGGCCACGGUGGAGAUGGCACUUCUGGGUCACUGCCGUCGUCGAACUUCCCACAAUCGAUGGAAUGGAUCAGCAGCCACCGACAAAGCGGACAUUUCGGAGGCUCCACCUAUCGUCAAGCUGGAGUUUCCGACUUCUCCCCCAUGAGCAUGGCAUCGUCAAGUACACUGACCGGUACACCAACAGAGGCUGAGAUGAACUUCUCCGACGCUCAAGCAUCAAAGUCCUGCUGCACAUUGUCGUCCACUCAAUCGCCUCUGACACCUGUAUCGGAGGGCAGUGUGGACGAGGACAUGAUGUUCGGUCUCGGAGGGUAUGACAUGAGCCGAAAGAGGCCGUACGAGGAGGAUGCAGAUGAAGACCACAUGAGAUACCAUUUGGCAGGCCCGUUCAGUGAUAGCACAACCUCGCUGACUGACUUGUCCGCCAUGCCGUACUCAAAACUUCUCUGCGCAUCUUCCUGAGCGAUUCGAAAACUCCAAGACGAUGGAUCCGACAAGUUGGUUUUGUUUUGGGUUUCCUUUGUUGCAAUUUUGGCGAGUACAACAGACGUGGGCAUAGCAUUCG